AAUUCUCAGCACUGCACUAUCCCCUCCUUAUCCUAUCUUUCUAUCUUCUCUGCUCUCUUCUUGAGAGGACAAUGGCGGCAACGGCUCUCUCAACUCUCUCUCUUCUCUCCCCCUCAUCAUCUUCUGCAUCUCCUCAGCUCUCCCUCAAACCCCAACAACCCUCCAUCCGCUUCCUCUCCAAACCCCUCCCCUCCCUCCGCCGCGCCUCCCGCCUCCGCCCUCUCGCCGCCGUCGAGGCCCCCGAGAAGAUCGAGAAGCUCGGCGAGGACAUCUCCAAUCUGACCCUCGCAGAGGCCCGCGUCCUCGUCGACCUCCUCCAGGACAAGCUCGGGGUCUCCGCCGCCGCCUUCGCCCCCGCCGCCGCCGUGGUCGCCGCCCCGGCUGGCGGGGACGGGGGAGCUGCCGCGGCAGUGGAGGAGAAGACGGAGUUCGACGUGGUGAUCGAGGACGUCCCGAGCAACGCGAGGAUCGCGGUGAUCAAGGCGGUGAGGGCGCUCACGAGCCUGGCGUUGAAGGAGGCCAAGGAGCUGAUCGAGGGCCUGCCGAAGAAGUUCAAGGAAGGGGUGUCGAAGGACGAGGCAGAGGACGCGAAGAAGCAGCUCGAGGAGGCCGGCGCCAAGGUCUCCAUUGCUUAAUACGCGACCAACCAAGCAAAUGGUACGAUAAAAAAUGUAGCCGAAUUACAUCGAAAUCUCGAUUUCAUUGAUAGCUUUCCCGUAGUUUGAAUAGACCCGAAUGCUCGAAUCUUACUAUGAUUAAGCUCGAAGAUGAUUACAAUGUGUUGGAGGCGAUUCGGGUUGGUUGUUGGAGCCCAGAGAGCUGAUGAAGUUGGUCGGAGAGUAUAGCUCGUAUUAGAUAUAUGUUUUGAUGUAUUAAUGUUUCUCCUUUCCUGUGAAGUAUUAUGAGAAAAUGUUAUCGUGGAGUCAAAUGUUGUUACUGCCUGAGCCAUCAGUUGAUCGAAUUGUUGUCGAAGAAACUGGAUAUAUGCAUUUUGCUGUUUGAUGGAAUGCCCAAGUGAGUAUUGUUUUCGAAAA